AUGACUUCAAAUCUCCAGCACGCUAACUCUACUCUCCCUGAUGAGAUUCAGCACAUCAGGAGUCCUGCCACUAGGGACGAUAGAUACGAUGAUUGUCCGCCCUCGCUUUCAGUGGGUUCAAAGCUCUGUUCCUCGUUCUCUCUUCGGUGUUCUCUCGAUCCAAACCCAGAGACCAAGGAUCCAUUCGGACGUCUUCCAUGGUUCGGUCUCGAAGAGCUUCUCCUUCACCUGCCAGACUUACCAACUUUGCAUCAAUUGUGCCAAGCUUCACCUGCUGUUUCCGACUAUCUCAAUCACAAAAUUGGAUUCUUUCCAAAGCUAGUUGAAAGAAUCAUCGAUCAGUGGGACCAUGAGCGGGGUCUAAACGAAGAUACCCGUGUGUUCUUCCGGACAUUGGUCUAUCUUUGGUGGAAAGAAGAGUCCGUGGCUUCAGGGAUUCCUUCGGAUGAUAAUCCAUUACCCGUCAGUUUUCACGAUGAAUUGGUCUACAGCAUUAACAUAGCAAGAGAGGGCUUCAGUGAGCCAAUCAAGGUCGGCUGCAUUCGACUUCCGCACUCAACUCCCCCAAAGAUUCUUCAUUAUCUUCUAAGCCUUACAAGUCGCAUUCGCGGGGAUGCACACGCCUUCUUCCACGAUGCUAUGACUCUGUGCUUGUCUGCCGAUAUACAGAAGUUCGAGAAUCGGAAGUCGCCGUGGCCAAAAAACGGGACUCGACCUCCCGGGAUUCCGGUUCACAUCGGCACCAGGGAGGGAGGGUAUCCUCCCACCUGGUUGGAGGAACAGCGACUGAUGCAAGCCUUCUUGAAACCAUACAUCUUCUCAGUACUGCGGCGAAUCGUCUGCGAGAAAAGGCUACUAAAUACCAAUUCUCCUCCCCCAGGACCUUUGCCUGUUACGGUUGGAUGA